AUGCACCUCUCGACGAAGCUCAUUGUGCUCUCCGUCUUUCUCUCAAGCCCCCUCACGGCAUCGAGUCAGCGUACUGUCCCUCUACAAAGAGCCAGGGACUGCUGCAGGGAACUGACUACCAAGACACAUGUCAACAUCCAGAGCUGGCCGCUUGCUUUGUUUACCCAAACGUACCUAUACGCCAAGUUCCACUACUGGUCGAGUGCCAACGCCGAUUUCACGCCGGCCUGCGUCGUGUUUCCAACAAGCGCCCAAGAUGUAUCGGCUACUGUCCAGGUCCUGCUGAGACAUCCAGAUGUUCCAUUUGCUACCAAAAGCGGCGGGCAUAACGCCAACGUUGGCUUUUCGAGCACCGAUGGCGGGGUACUGAUAUCGAUGGCAAUGCUGAAUUCAACGACUCUAUCCUCCGAUCGGAAGACAGCUUAUCUGAGCCCAGGAGCCAGAUGGAUGGAUGCCAUGACAGCUUUAGAGCCUUACAAUGUUGCUGUCGUUGGAGGACGAUUGGGCGACGUUGGCGUUGGAGGGCUGCUCCUAGGUUGUGGGAUGAGCUUCCUGAGCGCCCAGCAUGGGAUGGCGUGUGAUAAUGUAAAAAAUUACGAGGUCGUCCUUUCCAAUAGCACAAUCGUCAACGCAAAUCCAUCUACGAAUCCCGAUUUGUUCUGGGCUCUGAAAGGAGGCGGCAACCAGUUUGGGAUCGUGACCAGGUUCACUGUCAACACUGUUCCCAUCGGUCUAGUGUGGGGAGGAGUGCGGAUUUACAGUCGAGCUUACGCACCUCAAAUACUGAGCGCCACCCAAAACUUCACCGAGAAUUUUUCUGACCCAAAGGCUGCCAUCAUCGUUACCUUCCAGACACUGAUCGGCAACCUGGAGCAAUUCUUUGCCGUCUUCCUUUUCUACGAUGGUCCAGAUGUACCAGCCGAGAUCUUUGCCGGGUUUGAUGGUCUCCCUACAGUAAGAAACGACGCAAAAACGCAGACAUAUAGUGCGCUGCUCAUAGCCAAUGCGCAGUUUGGCAGCAUUUACGGCUUUCGGUACAUUUUCCGAGGUGCCACAAUUCCCAAUCUUCCUGGUCGGAACGGCACUGACCUCAUCAAUGCAAACUUCAACAAUUUCAUCUCGUACACUUCGCAGGAACCUGUCCAGCCCGGCUUUGUCUUCACCUUCAUCUACCAGCCGAAGCCAGUCGCCGUAGCAGUAGCAUCAGCACGAGUGAAUCCGCUGGGAAACCUCCUCGGCUUGUCUCCUGACCACGGCGACCACCAGUGGAUGGGUGUGACUUGCGCCUGGCUCACGAAGAUGGGAGACGCAGAUGCAUAUCGCAUAGCCACAGAUCUGACCGACAACAUUGUAUCGUAUACCAAAGCAGCGUACCCAGACGCAUUCGGGUCGAAUUUCCGAGCCGGGACGCCUGCGGAUGGAUACAAGCCUGCAGUUUUUAUGAACGAUGCCAUGGCUGACCAGCAAGUCUUCCGAGGCUAUGGAGAUGAUACAUACCAGCGCUUGAAGAGCAUUCAAGAAGCUUAUGAUCCCAUUCAGUUCUUUCCCAGUCGGACAGGAGGCUACAAGCUCACUUGA